UGCGGAGCGUGUGGCCCAGGAUAUGCAACUCCUCUGGAUGCCAUGAAAGGUCCCCGGGAGGAGAUUGUGUACGUGCCUUGUAUCUACCGAAACACGGGCAUAGAGAAGCCCGACUACCUGGCCACCGUGGACGUCGACCCCAAGUCCCCACACUACUGCCAGGUGAUCCACCGGCUGCCCAUGCCGAACCUGAGGGACGAGCUGCAUCACUCGGGGUGGAACGCCUGCAGCAGCUGCUUUGGGGACGCCACGAAGAGAAGAAACCGUCUGAUCCUGCCCAGCGUGAUCUCUUCGCGAGUUUACGUGGUGGAUGUGGGAACAGACUCGCGAGCUCCUAGGAUCCAUAAGAUUGUUGAGCCAGUGGAGUUGUUCUGGAAGGGUAACGUGGCGAAUCCUCACACCUCUCACUGCCUGGGCAGUGGUGACAUCUUAAUCAGCUGUUUGGGAGACCCUUCUGGCAAUGGAAAAGGUGGCUUUGUUUUGCUGGAUGGGGAGACCUUUGAAGUGAAAGGAAAUUGGGCCGAUAUCGAGAAAGGGCACUACGGGCGCCGCAUCAACGUGUGGGACUGGAGCACGCACACGUACGUUCAGGCGAUCGAUUUGGGGAAAGGCUCCAUCCCUCUGGAAAUUCGAUUCCUCCACAACCCGGACGCAGCGGAGGGGUUCGUGGGGUGUGCUCUCAGCGGGGCCGUGCAUCGCUUCUACAAGACAGAGAAAGGAGACUGGGCAGCAGAGAAGGUGAUUGAAGUACCCAGCAAGAAGGUGCAAGGAUGGCUUCUCCCGGAGAUGCCGGGUCUUAUUACCGACAUCCUCAUCUCGCUGGACGACAGGUUCCUCUACUUCAGCAACUGGCUGCACGGAGACAUCCGCCAGUACGACAUCUCCGACACCCGCAAGCCCAAGCUGGUGGGGCAGGUGUUCCUGGGAGGCAGCAUCACGGCGGGUGGGCCUGUGACUGUGCUGGAAGACAAGGAGCUGCAGGGCCAGCCAGAGCCCUUUGUCAUCAAGGGGAAGAGGAUGCGGGGUGGACCUCAGAUGAUCCAGCUCAGCCUGGACGGGAAGAGGCUGUACGUCACCAGCUCUCUCUACAGCGGGUGGGACAAGCAGUUCUACCCGGAUCUUAUCAAGGAAGGCUCUGUUAUGCUGCAGAUUGAUGUGGAUACUGAAAGAGGUGGAUUGAGAGUGAAUGAGAACUUCCUCGUGGAUUUUGGGAAGGAGCCCGAUGGGCCUGUCCUAGCUCACGAGAUUCGUUACCCUGGCGGAGACUGCACCUCUGAUAUCUGGAUGUGACGGUUGGCGGGAGCUGCUUU